CUCAUUUCCAAACCACUUCAUCUCUCCUCUCCUCCACCUCCCCAACACAACCCAAAAAUGUCUCUCCGCAACCCAACAAUCCGCCUCCUGCGAACCCACAUCCCACGACCCCGUAUCCUCCGUCCCAUAUCCCAAUUCCUCCCCCGCUAUUCCUCAACCCGAGAAUUACCCUCUCAAUCCAACCAUGUCGAACCUCCACCUGCUCUUGACCCCAUCACCCUGCACCGCCUCGAAGCAGAACACCGCGCCUACCAACAACGCAGAACCUACUACCUCUCCGCGGGCGUCGUCCUCGGCAUGCUCGCCAUCUGGAUAACCGCGACAUCCAUCGACCUAGAAACAUACCCUCCAGCCAGCAAACUCGACUCGGGGCGGCGCUCCGACGACCCCCUCGUUGUGCUAGGCCGCGAGCGGAAAGUAGUCGUGCAGAAGCUCGGCGAGGAGCCGGAGGAGAAAGUCGAGAUUGUGGCUACGGGGACGAGUUACGUGCCUACGUUUCCGCGGAUCGUGUUAUUUGUCGACGACGAGCGGGAGAUUAUAGGGAAUGGUGCUGGACCCGCAGUUUCGGACGAUAGGUUGGUGGAGUACCAAUUAUUAGGGCUGGGGAUCCGGACUGUGAGUUUUCUGGGCGUGCAGGUUUAUGUGGUGGGGAUGUAUGUAGCGACGGACGACAUUGCUGCGUUACAGGAGGCGUUGAUUAAGAAGAUUGAUCCGAUUGCGAGCACCUUGGUUGCGGGCGAGAAGGAGAAGUUGAGAGAGAAACUGUACGAUCCCGAGGAGGGGACGAGGAUUUGGAGUGAGGUUUUGAGGGAUGCGGGAGUGAGGAGCUUGAUGAGAAUUGUGCCUACGAGGAAUACGGAUUUUCCACAUCUGAGGGAUGGAUGGGUGAGAGCUAUUACAGCGAGAGCACAGGGGAAUAGAGCCGAAUUUGGGGAUGAGGCAUUUGGGAAGAGUGUUGCGGAUUUCAAGGCUCUUUUUAAUAGAGGCACGGUGCCGAAACAAAAAGAGUUGCUACUAUCGAGAGACAAGCAAGGAAAGCUGGCUGUCUGGUACGAUGAUGGGAAAGUUGGGGCAAACAGACUUGGAGAUGUAGCUGAUGAGAGACUAUCAAGGGCUUUAUGGCUCAACUACUUGGCUGGUAAGACUGUUGCCAGUGAACCAGCUCGGAAAAGCAUUAUCGACGGAAUCAUGGAGUACGUCGAACGGCCCGUUGGUACCGUGGCAACACAGGUACAUGUAUAAUACUGUAUGAAAUCCAAAAGAAAUUUAAAAGUAGACUUUGCAAUCUGU